UUAAAAAAACAUCUUAGAAAUGUCAUUAAUGAUUUCCCCUGCAUUAAAUUAUUAUCUAAUUGAUGACUUUACUAAAUAUUUCACCACAUUCAGUAGAAACUCAUUAUAUCAUAAGAUUUCGAGUUGUUGCAAAACAUAAUGUGGACAAGUAUCUGUUAAAUGAUGUUAAUAGCAAACAACUUGUGUACUUUACAUUUAUUUCACAUUACUGUAAAUGUGUUUAUCACAAUUAGAUACGUAAAAAUAUGAACAAAGGGAAUGUAUUACCACAUUUAGAAAUAGAAAUUGACCAUGAAAACAAUGAUAGUAUUAGGCGAAUCAUUAGGCAUGUCAGAAAGGAUUGGAAUAUUUCUUCUAUCAAGUACAAGAUUUUUAACGGCACAACAAACACCUUAAUUGGAUGUUACAUUAACGAUAAUGACAUGUUACUGAUACGUGUUUAUGGUAAAAACUCAGAGCUUUUUCUAAACCGAAGUAAAGAAAUUGAGAAUAUUAUGUUACUUAAUCAACAUGGGUUAGCUGCAGAUAUAUUAUGUACAUUCUUGAAUGGUUACUGCUACAAGUAUGUUGUGGGUAGAGUGUUGAUCGCUCCUGAGUUGAGUGAUCAUGUCUUAUCAACACAUUGUGCAAAGUUGUUGGCAAAGUUGCAUACACUACCAAUACAAAGCAAUGCUGGAUCAGAACUGUUUCCAACCAUUUACAGAUAUUUGGAAUUGAUCCCUAAGAAGUUCAGUGAUGGUAAACAACAGGAUAGAUUUCUAAAUAGCAUACCUAACUUGGAUGAUCUGCGUAAUGAGGUUGAUUAUUUUCAAAAAUUAAUACCAACACAUUCUUACAGAGAUGUUGUGUUCUGUCAUAAUGAUAUUUCCUGUGAAAAUUUGGUUUAUAACCAGGAAGAAGAUGUUUUGCAUGCUAUAGAUUUCGAAUUUAGUUUCCCCAAUUAUGCUGGCUUUGAUAUUGGGAACUUAUUUGAUGAAUUUGCAGGUGUCAGCGAUGUUGACUAUAGUUUGUAUCCAACUCCAGAUUUUCAAAAAUGGUGGAUUAAAAUUUAUCUAUCUGAAUACAAUCGGUUAAAAGGUAAUAUUAUCACAAUUACGGAUGAACAAAUUUAUCAAUUCUUCGUUGAGGUUAAUCAUUUUGCUCUGAUAUCACAUCUAUUUUGGGGAAUUUGGGCAAUAAUGCAAGCACAUCAUUCUGACAUUAAGUUUGAUUUUCUUGGAUAUGCUGUUACUAGACUAUCUGAAUAUUUCAAAAAGAAGGAUGAUGUUUUAAGUUCCAGUUAAUAUCAAUAAAUGAACAAUUACUUACAACCCUCAGAAACUUGGUUAUGAUAUGUUGUUGGUGCUGUGUCAUGAGUUCAUGGUUAAAUUAUAAGGCAUUGUUAUGAUUAUCUGGUAGCAGUAGGUUGAUAUAUUGUUUAUUUUGUGAUGGAUUUUUUAAUAGCGUUACUGAGUUAUAUCUACUGUUUUUUGAUAUGCUUGUGUAAUAAUACUAAGAAUACAAAACCUGGCACCAUGUUAUACUAACAGUAAAUGAUGGAAUGGAAAAUCCAUCAGAUAAUUUCAGGAGGAUUUUUAAAAAGUAGAAAAUAAUUUUCCUCUUCCUAUUAUUUCUUGUCACUCAUAACGGACAAAAAGACUUUUAUCUUCUUUUGUUGUUUUUCCUGUUAUUUAAAAUGAUUUCUUUUUAUUAUAUUUUGUUUUUUCUUAAUCAUCCUAGCACAAUUGUUUUUUUUAACUUUUCAAGUAACUUUCUAGUUUUUAAUUCCUUUAUUGUCAGUACUGCUCUGACAGUAGAGAUACUGGUCUUACAGUAAACAUCUUUCCUGGCAAAGCUGUGCAGAGCCAAAUAACUGUACCAUUUCUUCGUUCUAAUUGUUCUUCCUGGAUAUGAAUUUAAGAAUAUGAUUUUUACUCUUUAUUUUUAAUUACCACUUCUAUUAUAUUCUAUUAGAUGUAGGUGCUCGCAAUUAAAUUCCAAGGCCAAACAAAAGAGUCUGGAACCCCAAUACGCCUUGCAGAAUUCUAUUUUUUUUAUUUUUUCAUUAAUUUUUACUUCAUGUUAGUUUGUUUAGCUUUAAUAGGACUAAGCUAAAUGACGAUGUUGUCUAUCCACACUCAUUCUGCCACACCACAAUUAACGAGAAGGGUAAUUGGAAUCUUUGCCUAUCUUUGCCUUAAGGACUGACCAUGCCAAACUUUUAUUAUAGUAAAUAUAUCAAAGUCUAAGACAAAAGGUGACGAACACGAGUUUAUUUUUUUUUUUGAGAAUUAUAAUUAAUGGUUCUCUCCUCGCUUCUAUUUUCUUAAUGCCAUGUCUUAACGAAUAAAUGAAUAAAAAGGAUCCAGCUAUUAUCCUACUUCCGUCCUAUCUCUUACGCGUGUCAGAAUAAGUAUGGAAGUUUUCCCUUAACAACUUUGAACUUCUUGCAGAGUAAUUCAGAUUAGUCAGAAGAAUAAUUACAAUAAAUGAUUUAGGUGUAAAUGACAUCUAAAUCAUCCUGUAACAUAUUGCUCUCAACAUCUAUAAACAACUUCUUCAUAAUUUUGAGUGUGGUGCGUGUAUGCGUUAACUUCUUCAUGAUGAAUAUAUUUUUGGGAUUAUCUUGGUUUUCAUCAAGCAAGGUCAUCAACGAUGAUUCGAUUUCUCUAUAGAACUUCAACAUGUUUUGGUUUUUUGCACGAACAAUUUAAAGCUCCUCAACAGCACGGCAUUUACGAAUAUAGUGUUGAAUACAAGUACUUUUUACAGCCAUUGGAGUACCCUGUGAGGUACUUGUCUAAAAGUAUUAAAGUCAUUCAAGUAUAAUUUAAGAAAUACAAAGAUAAUCAGAAGACAUAGAAAGAUAAAGUGAACGUGAGUUUUGAGGCAUUCCUCUUUAUAGUUGAAUUCAAAAUGUGAUAUAUUCACCUGAACACAAGCAGUGUUUGAAUACAUCAUCGAGUUAACACUGUGCAUCCUGGUAAGUGACAACUUCAUACACCCCAUACUCGUUUGGACUUUGAUUCAAUAAUUCGAUUUUUAAAUUUAAAUUUGAAAUUUUUAAUUUCGUUACAAAGUUGUUGAUAAUCGAUUGCAUAUAAAGGAACCAUCUAGACAAUUAUGAAAUUCAUGUCAUCAUUGAUCAAAGUUUUUCCCGCCUCAAUUGUCGUUGGAAUUGAACAUACUUGUCAAUUGAGUCUGUUUGCAUAAAACGUGUUAAGAUGUGCUUCUGAAUAAAUGAAAGAAAAAUAUAUACUAGUCGUUAGCUCGUGGAAAAAUCCAUGGGAUCGCUCGUCCUUUAUAUAUCACAUGUUUUCGUUACGGGACCCGCUAACCCGUUUGAACACGCAGACAAAAUACGGUUAUUAUAAUAGAGAUAUAUAAUGCUAAAUGAGUAAUGAUAAAUAUUUUUAAAAUCAAGUCAUCCCUUACCACAAUAAAAUAAAGACUGACAAAAUAUAUAUUUGUUUUUAAAUAGCAAGGAAAAUAUGUUUGGACACUCACUAGAGUCUGAUUAUAGAUUCCACUUUUCCAUGCCAUACAAUCUAUAAAUGACGUAAAUGAAAUUAUUUCCUCCAUUUGUAAUGAAAUAAAUUGGUCCAGCAAUUGCAUUGAGAUAGCUGUAGAAGGUUUGGUUGGCGUUGAUGGCCAUAAAUUAAAUUCAGUCAACCUCAUAAACUCUUGAUUCACACAUGCGAGACCACACUUCACAUUGAUAAAGGUGACCUGGAAAAAUGAUAAACCAAGUUUACCGCACAUACCAUUUUCUGAAACAACUGUAAUAACCCGUGAAUAUUUACUAGGACAAAUGCAGCAAUGAGCAUCUUGUAAUUUGUCGGUAAAACUAUACACCAACAUUUUGAAGUGUGGCUACAAUAAAAACAAAAACACCACAAUAAAAUUAAGUUGAACUUAAUAAGGAAUAAACAUGAAAUGUUUGUGUCUAAACAAAAUAUUUUCCAUUGAGUUACGUAUAAAUCCACCAACUAAUAACUAAACCAUUAAAUUUACUCCAACCAUACUCAACGAAGAACAUAAAUAGAUAGCCUACCAUAGAGAGUCGGAGAAAACCUCUAAACGUGGAAUCCUGCAAACACAGUAUUUCUUAAAAUGGCAAUCAAGUAAUAUGCGAUAAAUAAACAUUUUUGGAUGUCUCAUACUUUUUUAGUAGGCGUGUUAAACAGGACUAGUUCAAACUUGUGGUCUGAACGUGAAGUGCCGACCGAAGACCUCGUUUCUCAUUUCUCACGUUAAUUGCGGCAUAGCUAUAUACCAUGAUUGCAAGAUCCUGUGGUUAGCGAUUUUCCCUGACUGAUAGAGCUGUUUCGCUAAGGGUUUACUUUCUUUCCUUGAUUUUUUUUUUACUAGCUUCCCUAAUUUUCUGAAGCUGUAGAAUGUGUGUAGUGGUUAAUAGUAACCUUCUCAAAAUGCGUAUUCUACACAAUGUUUAUAGGAAAGUUGGUAGACCAUGAAAGCAUAGAGAAAUAGUCUACAGAUGGGCUAAUAGAUAGCUAUAGCAAGCUGGAGUACCUUUAAAAUAGCACCUUAAAACACAAUAUUUAUGUGAUAAACAUCUCCACAAUCUUGACAAUUCCUAGAGAGUGAACCACAAGUUUUGCACCAAAUAACUUCAUUUAGAAAAAAAUUACAUUUAGUAUACUUAUGUUCAAGUAACAUUUUGUAUUUUGUAGCAUAAUUGCCAGAGAUAUCUGCUGAUUUGACAGAAUUCCAAGAGCAAAGCUCCUUCUCUUUAUUUUUCGCAGCACCUUUUUCUCUUCACAACAUCUCCAUUCAAUAAAAAUUGGCACACAUUAUCUUCUUCGCAGUUGAAUUGUUGUUGCUGUGAAGGCAGAUUGUUGAUAUCGUGACUGUUUAUGUGUGACGCAUCUGCAGUAUUAGCAUUAUCAGUAGUGCUGUUGUUGUCGUUGUUGGCGGUUGCUGACGACGUUGUUGACAAGCUACUGUUGGCUGCCUUGAAUGAUUUAAACACACUUGUUGUAGAUCCAUUUCUCAGAGUUGUUCGAACGAUCCGAGAACCUUUCCUUUUAGAUUUUCCAAAAGGCAUUAUUAUUCAACUUUAACCAAAGAGCAGCCAGGAGCCAGCCAGUAAAAAAUUCUAGGAACUUUGUAUUAGACCACUAUUCAAUACUUACACAGCCCACCAACAACCAGAAGGACAGCGCAUACGAUACCUAGCUGAGCUAUGAUAUUUAUCGAUCUCCGUUUUACAGCGGAACACGGUAUCUAUCAUAUACAGUUUACCAAAUAGGGUGAAUUUUAUCCUUAUUUGCAUUCCUGAGCAUAGUUUUCAACAAAGUUUUUUAUGCAAACAUAAAACAUUGCCAUUGGCAUAUGUUUUUUACUUAAAUGUGUUAAAGGAUUUUUUGUUGUUGACAUAUUUUUGUUUAAAAGUUUUCACUGCUAGAUCAAUAUAAGCCAUAGUCGGAGAUGUUAGACUUUACGGUUGCUUCAUAAAUAAUGUUUUUUCUUACACAUUUAUUUUUAACUGGACAUUGUUUCUUUUUAUUGCAAUUACAAUUUCUAUCCAUUACUGUCAUUGAUGACUUGGUUGUUGUGGAUAUUUAUAUAGGCUUUUAUGUUUUUUGUGCAGCUGUAAGAAACUUUUACGUUGUUGCGAUUAAAUAUUUUGUGGAGCUUGUUUUGUUUCGAGAGGAGUUUAUAAGAACCAAGAAAAACUUUCCGAUUUUCGUAGGCACAUAUACAUUAUAAGGGGGAUUAAACCAUAUUAUAUUUCGUUUUCGUGUUUUAUUUUUAUCUUUUCCAAAGUUUAAAACAGCUUUCUUUCGUUUUUGGUAAAUGCUCCGCAUGGAUUUUCGUAGCAGCUGUGUCGAAAUUUGAUGAUGCAUCUUUUUCCGAGAACUGGUCACAAUUUUUUUGUUUCGGCCUGUUUAAUUUGAUACACUUUAGAGCACAAUGCUGAAUGGAAAACCCACGAUCACUCAUUAUUUCAUGCUCCUAUGCAACAAAACAAAUGGCUUCUGUUUUUUUCCUGCUUAUGGGUUUUCGGAAGACAUUAAAGAAUUUUAUCUCAUAAUUUGAGGCACGUUGGAAUUUAAAUUCAGUGGCAUCAAUGACUAAAUCUGUUAAACCGUGGCCAGUUUCAAUCAAACUUUUAGGCAUUUUCUUUGAUAAAAAACCAGAAGGUGGUUUUAAGUCAAUUUCAUUGAAAAUACCAGCAACAAAAAUUACCCAAAUAAUAAAAAUCCGUUGCAUGGCGCUUUUAGAUAAUCUAUAAAAAUGCCAAUUAACCUUGAUGUACACCAUGACGGCAAAUAGUCAGGACAGCUAGUAAAUCUGUUGCCUUAUUUAGUGACAUGUUUUGUGACGGUGUGUGGCAACAGUCAGGAUAUGGGAUCAAGUGAAAGUAAGGCAUGAGACAGUCUAACAACUUGUUAAAUUGGGACAAUGUUAAACCACAUAAAUUUUGAAACAGCUUGUUAAAUUGGGACAAUGUUAAACCACAUAAAUAUUGAAACAGCUUGUUAAAUUGAGACAAUGUUAAACCACAUAAAUUUUGAAACAGCUUGUUAAAUUGAGACAAUGUUAAACCACAUAAAUUUUGAAACAGCUUGUUAAAUUGGGACAAUGUUAAACCACAUAAAUAUUGAAACAGCUUGUUAAAUUGAGACAAUGUUAAACCACAUAAAUAUUGAAACAGCUUGUUAAAUUGAGACAAUGUUAAACCACAUAAAUAUUGAAACAGCUUGUUAAAUUGGGACAAUGUUAAACCACAUAAAUAUUGAAACAGCUUGUUAAAUUGAGACAAUGUUAAACCACAUAAAUUUUGAAACAGCUUGUUAAAUUGGGACAAUGUUAAACCACAUAAAUUUUGAAACAGCUUGUUAAAUUGGGACAAUGUUAAACCACAUAAAUUUUGAAACAGCUUGUUAAACUGGGACAAUGUUAAACCACAUAAAUUUUGAAACAGCUUGUUAAAUUGGGACAAUGUUAAACCACAUAAAUUUUGAAACAGCUUGUUAAAUUGGGACAAUGUUAAACCACAUAAAUUUUGAAACAGCUUGUUAAAUUGAGACAAUGUUAAACCACAUAAAUAUUGAAACAGCUUGUUAAAUUGAGACAAUGUUAAACCACAUAAAUUUUGAAACAGCUUGUUAAAUUGAGACAAUGUUAAACCACAUAAAUUUUGAAACAGCUUGUUAAAUUGGGACAUGUUAAACCACAUAAAUUUUGAAACAGCUUGUUAAAUUGGGGCAAUGUUAAACUACAUAAAUUUUGAAACAGCUUGUUAAAUUGGGACUUACCUUAUGUUAAACCACAUAAGGAAGUAAUUGACAUAUCAUUAUAAACGUAUUUUUUUGUUAUUAUUUACCAAUAGCUUGUUUUGAAAUUUCAUUGUUGCAAGUUCCUUUUUUAACCUGGUGUUUUUUUCUUGGGAUUUGGUAAGCUCUUUAUUUAGUCUUAAAAUUUCAGCAUUUGCUUUUUUUCCCAUUUUUUUCUGUAUUGCAACUUUUAGAAGAGAUAUAUGUACUGUGUUUUGUUAGGUUUCUUCGUGUUUUUGAUGAGGAUGGAGUAUUUAUAUUUUGGUUCAUUAUAUUUCUAGCAGUCUCGAACUUUUGUUUAGCAUUUCUUAAUCUUUUUUUGUGAAGUUCUGAGCCGGAUUUUUUUACCAAAUUUAUAGCAUUCUCAUAUUUCUGUUGAGCUUUUCGAAAUUUCUUUCUGAAAUGGAUUUAUGGAUUUUUUCCCACAAGUAAAACAUUAGUGCCCAUUCUUCCGGCCUAUGAAUUUAGCUAAUAGCCUUUUCAAAAUGCUAACCAAGCUGGACAUUAGGGGGUUAAAUGAACGGGGUAACAAGGAAUUUUCUUUUUCAAAGUUUUGUUUUUAUUUCCAUCCUGUCCAUUCGACCGAGGAUGAUACACCGCCGUUUUUUCCCUUUUAAUCCCUUUUUUUAUAUAUCUCGUCAUCUAACUAAACAAACGGUAAAUGUAAGAAUCAUGGUAACACCAAAACACAUUUUGUUUGCAAGAUUAAUGUCAUUUUUAAAUAAAGAUUUCGUUAGUACUUUGUUGUUAAAUUUCCAUUAUCUGUUAGUGCUGCCUUUGGUAUACCAAAAGUUGGUACAACUUUAUCAUGCUGAUGGCAUGCUUAUUAGGUAAUGCGUAGGCAAGAGGCCAUUCGGAAAGUAAGUUAGUACAUGUUUACAUGUAUUUAUUCCCUCUCUUGCUGGCGUUUAAGGGUCCAACGAAAUCAAUUUCAAUUAAUUCCCACAACUUUUCUUGUUUUUCCAAUUUAUAUGACCGUUGUACUGUUAGGCCAAAAUUACCACUUCACCAUAUUCGAUGAAAAAGAAGCAUGAAUUCCACCACUCUACCACAACUGCCUUCAUGACAUCCUUUGACUGUGUGGUGAAAUUUUAAUUUAUCUAAAAUUUUCACCAUGCCAUUGUACAAAGUGACUAUGGUUGGAAACCUGGGUAACCUGUCUUGGAAAGUCGUGCAUUUUGAAAAACAGUAAUUCACAAAUUUCGCUUAUUCGCCUCCAGAUAUAGCUGUUUCAAGAUGCUAACCAGGCUGGACAUAAGGGUUAAAAAAAGGGUAACAAAGACUUUCUUUUUCAAGUUUUGUUUGUAUUUUCAUCCUGUCCAUUCAACGCUGGAUGAUACACUACCGUUUUCUUCUCUUCAAUACCCAUUUUUUUAUUUAUCUCGUUCAGCUAAACAAACAGUAAACGUAAGAAUCGUGGUAAAAACAAAAAAAAAUUGUGCACAAGACUAAUUUCAUUUUUAAAUCUUGCAAAAAGCGAGCCUGUAUGUUUUUUGCAAAGAUGCACGGGUAUGAAAGAAAAAAAUAAGUUAUUUUUAUCAGAGGUUUUUUACUUCUUCCAGUAAUUUUUUUUUCAAUGUUGUCUGACAGGAAGUAAAAUCGUCCAUCAUAUACGCAGGCAAUGAAAAAGAAAGUUUUGAGUUUUUGUCCAAACGUAUGACACAAUUACGUUUCACUUUGUCACUGGCGCCAAGUACAUAUUGGUUCUCGCUCUUGUUAAACCAUCGUCCUACAAAUAGACGUUGUUGUACAUUAAUGACAAGAAACAACCAAAAUAUAUCGUCGCUUAAUGGAUCGGUGGAUAUCGGCAGAACAUCAAGUGCUUUUAUGUACUCCAUACAUUUCAUUAGUAAAAAAAUAAUUCAAAAUAUAGAAUUUUGAAAAUUGAGUAUAUUUAUGCUGUGCAGCAUGGCAGUAACUUACUUUCGAAGAGUUGAGGUGGCUUUUUGGGUUACUGCUAUUACUGCUAUUAGAUUACGUAAUCAGAGAAAAAGGUUCUUUCUAAUACUGAAAUAAAGAACAUUAAAAAGCCUUUUAUAAGACUGUCGCACUGCUUGGUCAAAAUUAACCCUCACCAUAUGCGAUGAAAAAAAACAUGAAUUGCACGACUCUACCACAACUGCCUUCAUGACAUCCUUUGACUGUGUGGAUAAAUUUCCACCAUACCAUUAUACGAGGUGACUUUAAACGGUAACAGUGGUUUUAUUUUAAUGCAAAGUCCUACAUGGCCGCCAUGUAGGACCAUUUUUAUUCACUUUGCCAAAAAUGUUUCAUGCUAUUGUCGUUCAGCUUGCCUGGUCUGCCAUUAUUGUGUUAAUAAGUUCUACUAACUCCGUAAUGUUCAACUAAUUAUAUCAAUGUUAGCCACACUAUAUAAUGAAAAAAAUGAGAAAAAUGUUGACACACAUAUGCCAGUGAUGGUAUCUUUGACAAUCUGAAAAUCAAAGAAAAAUCAAGUUUGUUUGUAGUUUGUAUAGGACAUUACAACUAAUAACAAAAUUAGCAAUGAUAAAAAGGGGGAAGGUUUUUAGCACAAAAUUUAUAUUCUGGUCUGCAUUUUGCACGCUUAAACAAAACUUUAUUUUAUUUAACGAUAAGAUACAUCAGCGUUUGUUGUUUGCGAUACCAUUUUGAAUUUCCCGUGUUUGCAAUGCACUUCAGGAUGGUCGGGGUAUCUGAGAAACCAAACAUUACAAGAUUAUAGCCAUUUUGGAGCUUGUUUAUACUUGGAUUUUUGUAAAAUGGGAAUUAAUGAUCGCUGUGCUGUUGGAGCUUGUAAUAAUUCUUAAAAAUAUAAGGAAGAAUACACCUAUUUAACAUUACCAAUUUUUUAAAACAGUUAAAACAAACAUGGAUUACGAUUUAAUAUC